AUCAUAACAUGUUUUCAUUCUGUGAAAUCUCUUUCCAACAGAUCCACCUCAGCCUGUCCUCACUGUGUCUCCAUCAUGGCUGAGUCCCGGAGUCUCAGUAACUCUGAGCUGCAGUGUUAAAGAUCCAUCUGCAGGAUGGAGGUUCUACUGGUAUAAGGCUGUUCCUGAUCUGUCAGACAUCUCCUACAGCUAUGAUCUGCUACCUGGCAGCACCAACGGGACUGAACAGGAUUCCUACAUCGUUGAUGGACAGACACACACAGCAGGAUAUGUGUGCAGAGUUGCAAGAGGAGAUCCAGUGUUUUACACUCAUUACAGUGAACCAAAGUUUGUCUGGUCUGGAGAUGUUCAUCCAGCAGCAUCACUCACAGUGAGUCCUGACAGAUCGCAGCACUUUAACCAAGAGUCUCUGUCACUGAGCUGUGAGGGAGACUCCACUGAGUGGAGAGUGAAGAAGUUUUCUGAACAUAGUAGCACUUUGUCUUCCUGUUCUUCUUUGGGUAAAAUGAAUGGAUCCACAUGCAACAUAGACCGUUUCUGGAUUAGUGGAGUGUACUGGUGUGAGUCUGAAACAGGACAGAUCAGCAAUGCAGUCAACAUCACUAUACAGUAUGGUGAUAUUAUCCUGGUGAGCCCUGUCCUUCCUGUGGCUGAGGGACAUUCUGUCACUCUUGGCUGCAAGUUUAAGACAGAAAAUGUUCUUUAUAAUGUGGAUUUCUAUAAAAAUGGCAAACUCAUCCAAAAUAAUACAAGAGGGGAGCUGACUAUAUCUGCAGUGUCAAAGUCAGAUGAAGGCUUUUAUAAAUGUGAAGGAAACGAGUCACCAGGUCGGUGGAGUCAGACGUCAGAAGAGAGUUGGAUGUCAGUAAAACCAGCAUCCAGGUCUGAAGAAAUCUCUCCAUUUCCUGUGCUGUUGAUUGUUGGGCUGGUUGGUGGAGUUUUACUGAUUCUUCUCCUGCUGCUGUUUCUGUAUCGCUACAGAAAGUCAAACGAUUGCUUCAGCAGGUCUCAGAGCACCAAUCAGAGCCCUGCUACAGAACACUUAACCAACCAGGUGGAAGCUCAAUACGCUUCUCUUCUCCAUGGUGAUGCUUGUCUCUAUGAAACAAUCAAAGGCCCUGAAGAACCUGAACAUGGGAGGAAUAAAGAACCAGAGGACAGCCUUUACUACAAUGUGACGAUAGGAUCAGCUGCAGAUCGAUAAAGACAUCUGAGGACAAAACCAAUGGAAUGGGUGACAACUUAAUAUGACCACAUUGUUGUUUAAGCAGUAUUUGCAACUUAAAUAAAAAGCGUGAUUAUUGUGUGCACCUCUGCUAUUAGACAGUAUUUUGUACAUUUAACCUAAUAGCAGAUAAUUGAAAGGAAAUACAUCAUAUGGCUUUAAUCUUUGCAAUUGGUGAAAAGACUACAGAGUUUUACAUAAAAUAAUUAAAUGUUUCAAUUGAGUUUUUAUGGCCUGUAUUUCUUCUUUGGUAAACUGUCCCUCUGUUUUUUUAAGAGCUCCUGUACUUUGAAUGGACGGUGUCUCAAAAAGCAGCAAAAAGAAUCUGUUUGAAAUAUUUGGGUUUUA